UUUGUUGGAGGCCGCGCCCCGUUCUGUGAGGUGACAGUUGAUUUCCUCUCAGGACCGGAUGGGCCACGGCCAACGGAAAUGUCCUAGCCAUGUCUGAAAACGAAGGAGUUGCAAAUCUGGCCGCCGAAGAGGAGAGCGGCCCCGAGGACGGAAAUUCUCAGCCAGUCGGGGAGACUGGGCCCGCAGGUCACGAAGCCGGGCGGGAUAGUAAAUCUGAACCUGUAGCUCCAACUCGGAAAAGACCUGAAGCCAAACCUCCUGGCGAACCCGCGUCUUCGGAAGUUCCACCAACGCAAGCGUUGCAAGGUGCAGAGAAGGACUCCAGUGUUACAAAUGCGUCCCUGGCAGGAUGGGGCUACUGGGGGAAUUGGGGCAAGUCACUGCUCUCCUCUGCCUCUGCUACAGUAGCUACUGUAGGGCAAGGUAUUUCAAAUGCCAUUGAGAAGGCCGAGACCUCCCUAGGAAUCCCCAAUCCCAGUGAAAUUUCCUCUGAGGUCCAAGAUGCCACAGAAGGCGACACAAAUUCCAAGUCAAGCAGUUCGGCUAAAGAGCCUGCAAGCUCCUCACCCAUCGGAGGGGCUUUUGGAAUGUUCUCUUCUAUUUCUACGGCAGUUCAGAGCACAGGAAAAAGUGUCAUUACUGGAGGUUUGGAUGCUUUGGAAUUUAUUGGAAAAAAGACAAUGGAUGUAAUCGCUGAAGGGGAUCCAGGAUUUAAGAAAACAAAGGGCCUAAUGAACAGAAAUUCUACACUGUCUCAGGUUUUGAGAGAGGCAAAGGAGAAGGAAGAGCAGUGGACAGCUAAUAAGGUUACCAUGGAUACCGUGGAUCCUGACAAGAAAGCUUCUUAUGGGUUACUCUUUGAUGAGUUUCAAGGCCUUUCGCAUCUGGAAGCUCUGGAGAUACUUUCUCGAGAAAGCGAAGUAAAGGUAAAAUCCAUCACCAACUCCCUGUCUGGAGGAGAAUUAGAGGCAUUAAAACUUGAAUUGGAGCACAUCAAAGAAGCAUUUUCACUACCUGAGUUCUGUGACGAAGAGGAGGAGGAGAAAAGGGGAGAUGAAGAUUUCAGCGUGGAGAUCACAGAGCUGUUUUCACAGUUGCGUGUUUCGACCAAACCAGAUAAACUGGUCAAAGCCAGAAAUACCGCCUACGAGAAGGUCAAGACAUUCAUCUCUGAGCCCUCCAUGGAGGAAGAAAAGGAAGAAGGAAAACGGGUGGAAUCAGAAGUUUCAGACCAAGAUACUGAAAUAUCUAUAGAGGAUAUUCACGCAUUCGCUAUUCGAAGUCUGGCCGAACUGACCGCCUACUCCAUCGAACUGUUUCACAAAACAGCAGCUCUAGUUCUUCAUGGACAGAAGCAAGAAGUGACACCCAUAGAGAGAAGUAAAGCCUUGUCACAAAUGACGAGUGUGUUAUGUAGAGAAUUAUCUUCUCUAUCUAAAGAGUUCACAACAUAUCUAACAGUCGCAGGGGUCAAAGAAAAGCCCGAUGUGCUUAACCCGUUAAUCACUGGUGUGUUUUUGGAGGCAUCAAACAGUGCUUCAUAUGUCCAGGAUGCCUUUCAGUUGCUCCUUCCAGUACUUGAGAUCUCCCUUAUUCAGAACCGGACUGAAUUUCCUCAAUAAUCUGCAGAAUCAGCCCGUGCUGCAUUCCUUUUCUGAAAAGACAAAUUUGAGAAAAUGUUAAAGGACAGUAAGUUUUGGUUUGGGGCUCGUAAAGAUCAUAAAGAUCAUCAGUAAUGGAGGACAGGCCCUAGAAAGGAAGAAUAAUAGGGUAGCGUAACUAGACAACUAAACAAACUGUCAGUUUCAAAGAAUAAAGAAUCAUCUUUAUAGUUUG